AUGGCAAUGGCUUUGUUGGUGAGAUGGAGAAGAAACAUCUCUUCCCAUUUCAGCCCAUCCGCCGCUGAUGUUUUCCUUUACGAGCGUAUCCGCCCUCUGCUCGACGCGGUUGACAAGCUGCGCCUCCUCAAAGUGGCCCGAGAAGGCAUCCAGCUCCCAACCAUAGUUGUGGUUGGCGACCAAUCAUCUGGAAAAUCAAGUGUGCUGGAGUCCCUAGCUGGCAUAAGUCUCCCCUGCGGCCAAGGCAUUUGCACCAGGGUUCCCCUGAUCAUGAGGCUUCAACACCACCUAAAUCCUCAACCGGAGCUCCACCUAGAGUACCAUGGCAAAAUAGUACCAACCGGCGAAACCCACGUCGCGGAAGCCAUUGUUUUGGCCACUGAUGAGAUUGCAGGCAACGGGAAGGGAAUAUCGCACACCCCAUUGACUCUGGUGGUCAAAAAGAGAGGUGUUCCGGAUCUUACUAUGGUGGAUCUCCCUGGGAUCACUAGGGUGCCUGUUCCUGGCCAACCUGAGGACAUAUAUGAGCAGAUCUCAGAGAUUAUAAUGGAGUACAUCAAACCAGAAGAGAGCGUAAUACUGAAUGUUUUGUCUGACACUGUUGAUUUCCAUACAUGUGAAUCAAUAAGGAUGUCUCAGCUUGUCGACAAGUCCGGUGAGAGGACUCUUGCUGUGGUUACCAAAGCCGAUAAAGCUCCUGAAGGUUUGCUUGAGAAGAUUAUUGCUGAUGAUGUUUACAUUGGGCUCGGUUACGUAUGCGUGAGGAACCGGAUUGGGGAAGAGUCGUAUGAGGAAGCCCGCGAGGAAGAAGCCCAUCUGUUUCAAAGUCAUCCUUUGCUGUCCAAAAUUGAUAAGUCCAUAGUUGGGGUUCCAGUUCUUGCUCAGAAGCUGGUGCAUAUACAGGCUACAAUUAUCUCCAAAUGUUUGCCGGAGAUUGUGCUGAAGAUAAACGACAAGCUGAAUUCCAGCGUGUCGGAGUUGAGCAUGUUAGUAUCGGAGUUGAACAUGUUAGCAUCGGAGAUUGACAUGUUAGUAUCUUCCCAAAAAACUAUUGUUGAUUUUUGGUGGAUAUAAGUAGAGGUGUCAAACGUGUCGUGCCGGUCUGGCCGGCCCGUUUAACUUCGUGCUUUAUGCCGUGCCGGCCCAUUUACAAUAUUUACUCAAAUCGUGUUGUGUCGUUUGUUAAUCGUGUCGUGCCGUGCUGCCCGUUUACUUAAAUCAUGUCGUGCUGUUUGCCAAUUGUGUCGUGUCGUGUCGUUUGCCAAUCGUGUCGUGCCAUGUUGUUUUCAAUCGUGUCAAACCGUGCUGGUCCGUUCACUUAAUCGUAUCGGGUCGGGCCGUGCCAUUUUAAGUCAUGUCGUGCCUGUGCCGGACGGUACAUCGCCAACCAAUUUUCAUCCAAAAUAUUAUUGCAUGGGUUGUAUUUGUAUUGAAAUAUUAUUUGUAAUAAAAUUGUAUUUGUAUAAAGGUGAAAUGUUGAAUCUGAAAUAAAA